AUGGUGGGCGACACAAGUGUUUAUUGUAAAGUUAGUUACAACCCUACAUCCCGAGUCACGACGAAGAUAAACAAACUUCUCCACAUCAUCGGUGACAAGGAGCUGGUAGCACAACUACGUCCACUCAAUCCGACACCACCCAAAAUUUAUGGUUUGCCAAAAAUACACAAAUCAAAUUGGCCCCUACGACCUAUAGUUAGCCAGAUAGACGCACCGACCUAUAAACUGUCGCGUCACCUGGCUACACUAUUACAACCAUACACGGGCAAAACGAGUAGCUACGUGAGAGACUCCCGUCAUUUUGUUGAGUUGCUAGAGGGUAUACAGCUGCAGGACACAGAUAUAAUGGUUAGUUUUGACAUUACGUCGCUGUUUACCAACGUACCAGUAGAUGAGGUCAUACGAAUAAUCACAACCCUUUUAGGCGGAACUACACUACCUACUGGCUACGUUGAGAGUAUCACGUAUUGUCUUAAAAGUGGAUAUUUCCUGUGGCGAGGGGACUUUUACCUCCAAAUUGACGGAGUGGCUAUGGGCUCACCACUGGCGCCCGUUGUGGCAAACAUCUUCAUGGAGUGGUUUGAGGAAAAAGCACUAGACUCUGCAAACGUGAAACCGCGAUACUGGUGGCGAUAUGUAGAUGAUAUCUUUGCUGUCGUCGCCCGGGACGCAUUGAAGGACCUGACGUCACACCAAAAUCGGGUGCACGCGAAGAUAGAGGUCACCAUAGAGGAGGAAAAAGAAGGAAAGUUACCGUUCCUGGACGUACUGGUCAUCCGAGAGCCGAACGGACGGGUGACUCAUACCGUAUACCGGAAGCCAACGCACACAGACCGGUACCUACGAGCCGACUCCCAUCACCACCCCUCACACCUAUCUUCGGUGCCUCGUACGCUGCUGAACCGAGCACUCGCUCUCUGCGACCAUGAAUACGUCAAUGCGGAACUGAGGCAUAUACAGGCCUUAAAUAGGCAACUAGAUCAAAGUAGGAUUAUGUAUGAUCAAGAGACAGCGAUCCUCCAAGAACAGCUUGAGUCUAGGGAAUGCACUCUGCAAGAUAUAUUCCAUAAAUAUGAAGCGUCACAAAAAGAACUGAGUGAACGCAUGGUGGAGGCCGGAUCCCUGACCAAUAAUCUGUGUUGUGCUUGCUCCUGCUCACCGCCCACGGCCUCUGUCAAACCUCAAAGUGCAGAACCUGUACCGGUGCUCACUAAACCAGCUUUAAAAAAGAUAAAUUAG